AUUGACAACUCAUAUUACUUCUCAGGACUGCAUCUAUAAAUAAUUUGACAACUGUAUCCCAAAGUCAUGACCUUUGUUCUAUAAGAUUUGUUCAGCCACAUUACAGGGCUGGCAGUGAAAUUUUUUGGCGAAGAUGAGAUUUCGAGGCAAUGACAGCCCCGCCAAGGGCUGUCAUUUACCACGAAUGUUAGUGACAAUAUUGGCCACAUUAACUGUUGCUAAUGUUGUUUCAGCGGAUCCUUAUGUAUAUUCUUCUCCUUCAUUGCCUUCACUUCCACUAUCAUAUGCCUAUAAAUCACCACCUCUUCCAUCGCCAUCUCUACUUCCACCAUAUGUGUAUGCAUCUCUGCCUCCGCCUCUGUCUCCGCCGCCGCCUUCUUCACUUCCAGCACCCUAUGGUCCACGUCAUCACUUGGUGGUUAAGGUUGUUGGAAAAGUCUACUGUAUAAGAUGCUACAAUUGGAAAUGCCCAAAAAUGUCUCACGGCAAGAAACACCUCAAAGGUGCUGUUGUUCAAGUGACUUGCAAUGUUGGUGACAAGAAAAUUGUGAAUUUUGGUAACACUAAGAUCAAUGGCAAAUUUAGCAUUACUCUCAAAGGAUUUGAUUAUCACAAAUAUGGAGCAAAGGCUUGCAAAGUUAAACUUCAAAAGGCACCAAAAGAUUCAAAAUGUAACAUUCCAACAAAUCUUGAUUGGGGAAUUAAGGGUGCUAAUCUCAAAGUGAAAUCAAAGAAUAAUUAUGAAGUUGUACUCUAUGCAAAAUCAUUUGCUUAUGCUUCUAAGACAUUUUUUAGGGUAUGCAAAAAGCCCAAGCCUACACUUGCGCGCGAUACCACUUCAAAUCUUCUCCAAACGAAUCACCGACUUAUGUUUAUAAGUCACCUCCGCCUUCAUCACCAACAUAUGUUUACAAGUCACCUUCUCCUCCAGCCUCGAUAUACGUUAACAAAUGCCAUCACCACCUUCUUACAAAACUCGGCCACCACCAACUAAGUCUGAAUCGUCUCUUUAUUAUUAUUAGUCUCCACCAUCACUAACACCUGCACCUAUAUUGUAUUAUAAGUCAUCUUCUCCUCCAAGCGCGACAUACGUUAACAAAUUCCAUCUUAUUACAAAAGUCGGUCACCACUAACUAAGUCUCAUCCGUUUCCUUAUUAUUACAAGUCUCCACAUCCGCCUUCACCAAAACCUGCACCUAUAUAGUAUUAUAAAUCAUCUCCUCCAAUAUAUUACUAAGUUUUUCAAGGAGCUCAGCCACCAUCCACAAAGUCAACAGAAUUUCACUUUAAAGAACAAAAUAAGUGGUGAUUUCAAGAAGGGGAGAUUCGAAUAUCAACUGUACAUAGCACUAAGUAAUUUAUCAAAUGAGUUCUUCAAUUUUGCUUACUGAAAAAUUGAUCAGUUGUAUCGUAAUUUAUUGUUGUAGGAAUAUACUGGGUAUGUUGUUGUCGUCGUAAUUUAUUAUUGUAUAAAGGAUGUCCUCUUUUUUUGAUUCAUUUUUCCUAUUAGCUAUUAUGAGUUGUUUCAUUGUACCCUUUUUGUGCUAUGGCACCAAAUUAAUAAAAAGAUUAUCUUUUUGUUCUA